UUUUUUUUUUCUUUUUUUCUUCUUCUUCUUCUUUUCUUUUGUUUUCACUAAAUAAACAAGAAUGAAGCUAUGGUUUUGUACUAAAACAUGGCUUUUAGCCUUGGUGAUGACUUUCUUUAUUGGUAAUCUUGUCUUUUGGUCUUACCAUCCUCGUCCUUCUUGUGAACAACUCGGUACUUGUCAUGAGGAAAACUUUGAACAUCAUUCAAAAGGUCAUCAUGAUAUGCCUCCUCCUCCUCCACCACCACCAGCUGCUCAUCAACAACCUCCUGUAGUUGACAAACAACCACCACCACCACCUCCACCUCCUGCUCAUGCUGACUUACUCGCUCAUGCUCAAACUGAAGCCAACCUUUAUGGUUUUCAAUAUCCUCCUAUGGUGGAUUCUCCCAAACAACCUGACACGUAUUUACCAGGUAAUCAAGUUAUAAAUAGAAUUUAUUUUUAUUGUAGAUCCAUUUACUGACUUUUUUUUUUAUUAUUGAUAGAUACCCACUUGGAUUUAUCUAUUGAUCUCAACACAGUGGCACCUACUGCUGAUAAGACUACUUUACGGCUCAAUAAUGAAGAAAAAUCAAUUUCUUUUUCAAAAGAUGCUCAAUCAUGGCAACUUGGUGUUGUAAGUAGUAGAAGGAUCUUUUUUUUUAUU